AUGACUAACUGGAAGCAAACAUUAAUAGACUCAGAGAUUUCUCUAGGGCUUCGCUCCCCCUCUCACAUAUACGCUGUCGCUAGGGAUCGCCGAGAGUCGCCCGGGUUAGACUCCGCGAUGCAUACCGUUAAGGCCUCGGAGUCCUGGGAUCUUGCGAAUAUUGAUAGCGAUGGUGAUGGCUACAUCUUGCGUUCAGAACUGAAGAAAUACUUGCUUAAUACACCCGUCAGUGAUGUUCCCUUAACAGAUGACAUGGUUGACAGUAUGUUAUACCAUGUAGACUAUAAUAAUGAUGGGUAUAUCAACUUGCAAGAAUUUUAUGCACUGGUAAACGUUCCAGUUGAUGCUGGCACACGAUCAGUGGUACAGAGAACACUUGUUGCAACAGCAUUCUCUAUUGCACCAAGAUCCCAAGUGUCUCAUGGAGAUCGGCAUUAUAUUGCUGAGUACUCCUGUUGCCCACCACCUUUGGUUAUUCCUUUGUUUUGUGCUGCUGAGGUAUGUGUAUUUAUAUACUAUGCUGUGAAUGGGAAUGUUGGUCCAUAUUCCCCUGUCCCAUGGGAACUUCCUCUGAUUUAUGACCCAUAAACGACCCUGGAGGCCUGGAGAUUCAUCUCGUACAUGUUCCUUCAUGCUGGUUACGUCCAUUCUGCUGUCAAAUGUUAUGGUGCGCUUUUGUUUGUGUGGCAUUCCAUUGGAGAUGGUUCCGUUGGUGGCGACUCCUUCAUCCUGUACCUUGCAGGAGUUAUUGCGGGAUCUCUAGCUGCUUCUAUUGUUGAUCCCCAGUCUUACUUAGUUGGUGCGUCUGGUGGUUGUUAUGCCCUGAUUGCUGCCCAUUUGGCUAACGUCAUUAUAAACUGGGGAGAGAUGCCUUUCAACUGGGUCAGACUGCUGGUCCUGAUCACACUGAUGGGUACUGACAUCGGAGUCUUUGCCUACAUGACUCUCACCAUUCAAGCACAAGAAGCAGGGACCCAAAGCCCUUUCUCGCAGGUCCAGACGAGGGAUAGAGUUACCAUGCACAUCUGGAUCAUUAGCAUUACAGUAAACGCUCCACGAGAGCCACCCUCACCGCAGAACCAACUGCAGGAUCUCCGAACCGAUCUUCUGCCGCAGCAUCAGCUCCCAUCUCCCUCCGACCCUUAUCACGAAACAUCAGAGGGACUUUUCCCAUACCAGUGA